UAUAAACGGACAAUUACAGUUACCAGUCAUACUCAACAAUGAAGUCUACCAUUAUCAUUGUCCUUGCUCUCUGCAUCUGCUGGACGGCGGCGAGGUCUCCUCCUAAGCCAGGAUGUGAGAACGACUGCCCAGGACCACUGAAAUUCUACAAAGAAUUGGGAUGCAAGCCUGUAAUGAUGAAUGAGGGUGACUGUUGCGCUCAGAGAUACGAUUGUGAUCAUUUAGCAACUCGAUCAAAGGACAAGUGUCAUGCCUUUGGACGAGAAUAUAAUCCCUCGGAGGAACUUCGUGAAGAGGACAAAUCAUGUCUCGGGGAGUGCACUUGUAUAAAGCCAGGAGAAGACGAUCCCACGUGGGCUUGUGCUACUGUUGAGCUGCAAGUACCAUCUGCUGCUGGUUGUUACCGUCCACAAAAUGCAUCGAUGUGCUUCCCAGGACCUGAAGUUUGUCCUCCAAAUGCUGACGAUAUCGCCAAGUGUGAAGUGGAUGGGAAUACUCUGAAUGAUGGUGACUACUUUGAGCCAGCAGCAGAUCCGUUCAAGGCUUGCUGGUGUGGUCCCGGAUGGAAGGGUGAAUACGAAGCGCCGUUCUGCAAAGAUAUGCGGGAGCAAAAGUGCGGGAUGGAGUUGCAUGAUAUGACAGAGUUGGAGAACAAUUGUGCUCCAAUCUGGUCAGUUGGACAAGACCCGAGAAAAAGGAUUCUCUGAUAUUUUUUCCGUUCUGAUUAUAUCAACAUUUAAAAUAUACUCCCUAUUCGCACUGCAGUUGAAGUUUCUC